AUGUCAGAGAGUGAUCUUGUCGGAGCCGACGAGUAUAGUGUUGAUGCGGCGCGCGAUGAAAACAAAAAUAAGGGACUAAGGAAAAGGAUAUCUCUUACAAAUGUGUCUCUCGCCCCGAAUUUGACGAACGUAAGCGCGUCUCAAAUCCUCGCUUUACGUCAAACUGUAAAUAGAUACAGUGACGAGUUGGCUAAGAUUCUACUAAGUAGCGAGGAAUCUUUAAAGAGACGGAGGCAGAUCGAGUCCGCUUUUUGCGUCUGCAGGGACGCAUUUCUCGAACUUUCAUCGGCCUAUUUAAAUGCUUUAGAACACAAAGCGUCCCCUCCUCCGCUAUCGGAGGAUCUUAAAAGCCAUAUAAAUAAGGCAUCUGACGCUUUCAACUCCUUGCGGACGCGAAUCGAUCUGGCUGGCUCGGUGGACGGAGCUACCUGCGUUCCGAGCACGUCUACAAAUAUAAGCGCGAAAACCUACGCGUCCGCUUGUUCCGCACCGGUGAUCCGCGUGUCCCGUGGUCCGGUACUGGACAUUCCAAAGACGACAAAUUUUAUUGUUACUCCCUCCGAUGAGUCGGGCUUUGCGACCUCCCGCGAAACUAGAAACGCCCUGGAAAAAACUCUUAAGCCUUCCGAGUACGACUUAAAGGUAUGUAAAAUAUCAUCAGUUAGGAAGAACGGUAUUCGUAUCGAGGCCCAUUCUGUGGAUCUGGCUAAACUGAGGAAGUCGCAGGUGCUGGACAGGGCUGGUCUCAGGCUAGAGCAGGAAGCUAAAAUAAAUCCCAGGUUAAUAGUACACGGUAUUCCCUGCGCUAUGAAGAGUGAAGAUCUCAAGAAGGAGAUUUCUUUAAAUUUGAAGAACGUUGAAUCGCCGGACAUUAGGGUAAUUUAUAUUUUCCCACCCAAGGAUAAUCGCAGAUCCACGAGUUGCAUCAUAGAAGUAUCACCCGAAAUCCAUGUCCAGCUGCUCAAGGAUGAGCUCAUUUUUGUAAAUUACUCUGUUUGCAAGGUCGCUGAUUAUGUGAAGGUUCUGCAGUGUUUUAAAUGCUUGGCUUUCGGUCAUUUCGCUAGACAUUGCAAGUUUCCACCCCUUUGUGGCCAUUGUGCGGACGGACACAAAUCCAGAGAUUGUGCCUCGAGGGCAAGAAAUCCAAUGUGUGGCAACUGUAAGAGAUGGCUUCCUCACGAGAAGCGAUCUCACUCAGCGUUGGAUUGCAAGAACUGCCCUAUCCUGCGGAAAAGGGUCUCCGACCGUAUCAAGAUCAUUGACUAUGGACUGUGA